UUGUUUCUGAAAGAUUGAAAACAGAAGGAGCUCGUGGUUUAUAUAAAGGUGUUGGAGUUCACGCAUUAGGCAGUAUUGGUGGACGUUUAGUUCAUUUUUCUACUUAUGAUGCAUUAAGAGAUAGGGUUUAUAGAGGACGGGGAAAAGGGAUUGGACUUGCUUGGUUAGAAGGUUGUAGUCAAACUACAACAAAUGCAUUUUUAGGAACUUUAAGCGCCAUAACAACUUCUAGCUUUAUUGUACCUUUUGAUGUUAUAUCGCAACAACUUCAAGUUUCAAAAUUACCUUCGUCAACCUCAAAAGGUACCAAUACGAAUAAUAAUGUUCCAGCUCUAUCCAAAAGCAAAAGGCAAAUUUCUACAUCAACAAUAACAAAACGACCUAUUUUUGUUGUUACCACUCGACACGAUGUUCAAAAGGUUCCUUCAGAUAUUAAUAAGUCAUCUACCUUAACAAAUUUUAUAACUCGUCUUAAACCAAAAGAUGUAUCCUUAUAUAAAUUUCUUUAUCGCGGCUGGACCGCAGGACUCCUUAAUACAUUAUCAUUCUUUCCAGCAUAUUUUUUCACUUAUACCUAUACAUUGGAAUAUUUACAACGAAAUAAACAUCAUCUUACAUUUUUACCUUCUUCUUACUUUUUAUUUUCUGUGACAUCAGGUGUUGUGGCCGGAACUACUGCAACUUUUACUUCUGCUCCUUUCGAUGUAGUAAAAACAAAAAUUCAAAUUGCACGUGAAUCUCGUCGAGGCGAAUUAAGAUGGUUAAAUGUUGCCACAAGUAUUUUAAAGACUGAAGGUGUAAAGG